AUCAUAAGAGACAAUGUCCCAGGUAUCAUUAUGGUCAGUUCUGUGUUUUUGGCUGUGAUCUUAGUGUGAGCUACGUGUGCACACUGCUUCAGUCAUACAUGUAUUCUUUGCUUGCACGUUUGCCAUUGUUUGCACAUACGAGAAGACAAUGGGGGAAGGUGAGGUGACAAAGUUUACCAUUGAGGAGGAUCGGGAUGAGAAGCUGAUUUGCAGUGGUUACCAGCGCAGUCUUUUGAGGGUCAUCCUGGUCUAUUUCUUUGGGGUCAUCACGGCUGGAUUCUUCCUCUUGUUGGUCUACUACUGGAAACGUGACUGGGGUCUGAAGCUGACCCAUUCAAGGUGCUCCCUACAGAAUGCUGACUCUAUACUCAUUCAGGAUUGCUUCCAGCGGUACCAUGUCGUUCCAGUCUCCAGGGAGGUGGUCGGAAAGUCUGUUGAGAAGGAGAUUCUCCAGGAUGUGAUGAAGCAUGAUGUCCUCAUGGAGGAUACAUUCAUGUACUUCUGCUUCCAUAAGAUCAAGUUCUUCUGGAAUCCACAGGAUCAGUGUUUCUUCAAGCUUAGGGGCCUGGAUAAACACACUCUUACUGAUGAGAUCUACAGGCGAGCUAAUAUUGGUCUUGACCUUCGUGAAACAGCUCAAAGGCGAACCUUGUAUGGACUUAAUAUGAUUCUUGUACGGGUGAAGUCCAUCCCUCUUCUCCUAAUUCAAGAGAUCUUGAAUCCAUUCUACAUCUUCCAAAUCUUCAGUGUGACAGUGUGGAUAGUGGAUGAGUACCUCUACUAUUCAAUCUGCAUCAUUGUACUGUCUGCUCUCUCCAUCUCUAUCUCGCUCUACACCACCAGAGCUCAAGCAACAACUCUAAAGAAUAUGGUGAAAUCCAAUGUUACAGUGCAAGUAUUAAGGCCCAAUGGAGAGAUUGAGACUGUUUGGGAGGAUCAGUUAGUGCCUGGUGAUGUAAUCAUCAUACCAUCAUAUGGCUGUACUAUGACCUGUGAUGCAGUCCUGGUCGCUGGUAACUGCAUUGUCAACGAGAGCUCUCUAACUGGUGAAAGUGUGCCCAUCACGAAGACGCCCCUCCCUUGUCCAGAGACUGGAGAGUUGGAAUUCUCCAUGGACGAGCAUAAGAGACACACCCUGUUUUGUGGGACGCAGAUCAUCCAGACGAGAUUCUAUGCAGAUGAACAUGUUAAAGCUGUGGUAAUACUUACAGGAUUUUCAACAGCCAAGGGUAUCAUGGUACGAUCCAUACUCUAUCCCAUGCCAACAGAAAUCAAGCUCUUUAGAGAUGCUCUGCUCUUUGUAGGAAUCUUGGCUGGUUUUGCCUUUAUUGGUUUCAUCUAUACAGUGAUUGUUCUGGCAUUAGAUGGGACUCAAACAAGAGAGAUUAUUCUGAAAUCUCUAGAUAUCAUUACCAUUGCUGUUCCACCAGCGUUGCCUGCCUCUCUUACCAUUGGUAUGGUGUAUGCUCAGUUCAGACUUAAGAAACGUGGUAUUUUCUGUAUCAGCCCUCAGAGGAUCAACCUGUGUGGUACAAUCGAUAUUGUCUGCUUUGAUAAAACUGGUACUCUGACUGAAGAUGGUCUAGAUAUGUUGGGUGUUCAGGAGACAUCUAAUGGAGGGUUUUCUCCCAUGGUGACGGACGUCCAGAGCCUUCCUGUCGGCCCCUUUGUGUCUAACAUGGCAACGUGUCACUCAUUGACCUAUAUCAAUGAGGAGAUCGCUGGAGAUCCUUUAGAUGCUAAGAUGUUCGAAGCUACGGGAUGGUCGUUACAUGAAGGAGAUGCUUUUAGGACCCUUGAGGAGUCGAACCCAGCAGAGACCAGUAACUAUGAUGCGAUGGUCCCAAUAGUAGUCCGUAGUCCUGGUAAACAUUCUGAUCUGAAAGCAGGCGGAGAUAGUGAUGUAGAGGAUUUAGGUGAGAUCGGUAUUAUCAAGCAGUUUCCAUUCUCAUCCAGUCUUCAGCGUAUGAGUGUCAUCACCAGGGCAAUGAAUAGCAAGCAUAUGUGUGUCUAUACCAAAGGAGCCCCAGAGAAGAUUGCUUCUCUCUGCCUUCCCGAUACCAUUCCUAACAAUUUUGAAGACACGUUGAGUUCCUACACUGCGGAUGGUCUGAGGGUUAUAGCGUUGGCAUGGAAACCACUGGAUACUUCAUUGCAGUGGCACAAGGCCCAGAAAAUACAAAGGGAUGCGGUAGAGAGUGAUCUUCAAUUCCUUGGUCUCAUGAUCCUACAAAACAAACUCAAACCAGAGACUAUUCCAUCACUGCAGGAGCUUCAUCAAGCCAAGAUAAGGACUCUUAUGAUUACAGGUGACAACAUUUUGACUGCAAUCAACGUCGCUCGUAAAUGCGAAAUCAUCCAGCCUGGGAAAAAGGUUGUGCACGUUGAGGCAGUCCCUCCACUCAACGGUGAUAAACUGGAUAUCCAAUAUCAGACCGUCGAAUUCCAUAAGGAGACUGCAGAGGUGUCCACUAAGGAACCAAUCGGGUCGAAUGAAGUUUUCAUUGACAUAAUGAAUCAGAAUAGGACGACGUAUGCUAUGGAUGGCCAGACAUUCGGUCUGAUCAGAGAACUGGAACCAAAUCUAAUGGACAGGCUUGCUGUCCAUGCCCAAGUAUUUGCGCGUAUGUCACCUGACCAGAAGAUGCAGCUAAUAGACAUCCUUCAGAAGCUAGAGUACCACGUUGGUAUGUGCGGUGAUGGUGCUAAUGACUGUGGCGCCCUCAAGCUGGCCCACGCAGGGGUGGCACUGUCUGAGGCAGAGGCUUCUGUUGCUGCUCCGUUUACAUCAAAGAUUCAUGAUAUCUCAUGUAUACCUGCUGUCAUUAAAGAGGGUCGUGCAGCCCUGACCACCUCCUUUGGAAUGUUCAAGUUCAUGGCUCUGUACAGCAUGAUCCAAUUCACCACCGCCACCAUCCUGCUGUGGGGGUUUGGCUACAUCGGUGAUCUCCAGUUCCUCUACAUCGACAUCAUCCUCUCAACCGUGGUCAUCCUCCUAAUGGGAAGGAACCAAGCUUAUCCUGUCCUCUCCAAAGUGCCCCCUCCUCCCCAGCUUAUGACGGUCACCAUUAUCUUCUCUAUGGUGUCAAGUGUGAUCAUUCAAAUCAUCUUGCAAGCCAUUCUCUAUGUGAUUGUUCAGCAGCAGCCUUGGUACAAGCCUCCUGUAUACGAUGACGAUGGUAUUUACAUCCUGAGCUAUGAGAACACAGCAGUGUUCAUGUUAACAUGUUUCUUAUACAUCAACUCGGCCAUAGCAUUCUCACCAGGGGCGCCAUACCGUAAAGAACUCUACACCAACUGGCCUUAUUGUGUAGCUCUUUUACUCCUUUAUGGGAUGAAUCUCUUCCUUCUGUUUGGGCCACCUGAAAAACUGCGAGAGGAGUUUGAGCUGAUGGACAUCCCAGACUACGGGUUCAAGUGCAUCAUCCUGGCCUUUGCACUGGUUCACUUUGCUUUAGUUGAGAUUAUUGAGCUUCUCCUCGUUCCAUGGAAGGCCCUCAUGUCCUUCUUGACAUGUCAGUGUCUGCGUCUCACGACCCUUAACACCUUCCAACGCCUCGAGAUGGAAGAGGUCAAUUUAUUGUCAUGACAACCAAGUGCUUCAAUGUUUCUCAAUAUUUGGGUCACAUUUGAUGUUUUUUUAUACGAAGACCUAUUGGAUGAGAGGAUGUGCUCUGUCAUGAAGAAUGGCCAGUCAUGAUCUGUCUUACACAUAAUUAUAUUUUAUGUCAAAUUUGAUGUGCAUUUAUGUGGAGACAUUAUUUUGGAUUCAAAAUGCACUACAUCAUCAAGUUUAAGGUUAUCGUAAGGAUUUUUGUAUCAAUCAAAGAAUAGUAACUUUUUUAACCACUAUAAUAUAUUUCUUUUACCAUUAAUACUAAGAAUACUGUAUAUUCUUUAAAGUGACAAUUUUGUUGCAUAAUUUAGUUAUUCUUGUUUCGUUUAAGUUCAUCAUGUAAAUACAUAAGAGUAAGACAUUAAUCCAUUUUUAUAUUAUAAAUAAUAUUUUUUAUACAACGGCUGAUAACAUUUUAGAAAGUGAAAAGCUAAAUUUUAAAACAGACGUUUAAAAAUAGUAUUUAAUCAUUGCACAAGGCAAUA